GAGCACUAAAUUGAAAUAGUUUGCUGUUAACAUUGUAAAGAGGGAAUCCUUCAGAAAUACCUCAAUCUUCAGUGUUCCAAUGUGCUCAUUUGUAGACACAAAAAAGAACUAUACAGAAUGUCACAAAACUUUAAAGCAGGGGAAACAACUUUCAAAGCACUUUAUUUCAGAAUGGUCAGACAAUGAAGAAAUGUAUUCAGAUUGUUAUGAACAAGUGACUAAGCAGAAAUGCUUGUAUUAUGUACAUAAAUUGUUGAUACUUUUAGAAAUAUUAACCGUGAGCAUUACAUUUUUGAGUCCUUUCCUAAUACUGACCUUACCAAACAUUCAUCCAUCUUGGUGGUUUUCACUGCUUUCAUCUUCAGCUCCGCCAUCAACCCCAUCAAUAUCACCAAGGAGGGUUAUGCACAUACGCAGUAAAAUAAAUGCAAAGUCUGUGAUUUCUCGUCGAAUGGAUACAAGAGCUGAAGUUUACUAUGAAGUGAAAAUUAUUGAAAUAUGUACAAAACUAUUUUUAUUAUCUUUGUGUUCGGGUUAUAUAUACGCAACACGGUUUAAAGAACUAUUAUUUUGCAUGCAAAAUAGAAAAAAAUUCAUAUCAUAUUCACGUCUAACUGGGUACAAACGAUACAAACAAUCAGAAAUGACGAAAACUGUAUCUUCUUCAGUUAACUUAAGUUGGCCACAAAGCAAAACGAAGCAAAGUUUGGCCUUUAAUUUUUUUAUUGAUUCAAUAACUGUUAUUGUAACAUUUUCAUUUUGGCUUAUAUUUCUGUCGCACUGGAAAUCAGAUAAAAACGUUAUGACUUUUUUUAGUGAUAGUAAUGAAAUUUUAAAUUACAAAUCAAAUCCAUGCGGUUAUCUUCAACGCACAACGCAGCUAACAAAUCCAUUUGGUCAUCGAGAUCACAGUGGAAAGAAUUUAUGUGACGAAGCAAAGAAAGUAUACAUUGACCAACAGUUAAACAAGCUCAAAACAAUCGCUUUAGACCUAUCUAUAGAUCGUUUGACAGAAUUAACUUUAAUUCUUGUAAUUUGA